GAAUCACAAGAUAAGCGCGUGGGGGUUAGAAAGUUAGGCGGCCUUCAAGUCCAUCGAACCCACACUCUCUCUCACACGCCAUCGCAAACCAAAACCAAAACCUCGUGAACCCAAAUACCAAACAAAAACAAACCCUCUUUCUCUCUCUCUCUUUCUUCUCUUUCUUCUCUUUCUCUUUCUCUUUCUCUUCCUCUCCUCUCCAUUCGUCUCUCUCCUCCAUGGAUCCUCGCAACGACGCCGUUUUCCCCGACGAAGACCUCGAAGACGACGAGGAAUCACUCGACGACGACGACGACGACGAGGAAGAGGAAGAAUUGAACGACGAACCUUCUCCUUCCACUUCCUCCGCCGGCCCCCUUCCUGUCACUUCCGUCUCCGCUACCGUCACCAUCGCCACUCCCCCGGCUGUCUCCGUUGUUCCUCCUCCUUCGAUCGUUUCAAUCUCCUCCGCCGAUCUGAUUCGCCAGCGUCUCGAAACUGCUACCGCUGAGCCCUUGACCUUACCGGGAGAGAAGAAGCCUUUGGAUGAGUCCAGGAAGUUGUUUCAACGUCUUUGGACCGAUGAGGAUGAGAUCGAGCUGUUGCAAGGGUUUUUAGAUUAUACGAUGCAGCGUGGUACGACUCAUCAUCAUCAGAAUGAUACCGCCUUGUUUUAUGACCAGAUCAAGUCUAAAUUACAGUUGGAUUUUAACAAGAAUCAGCUUGUGGAGAAGCUUCGGAGGUUGAAGAAGAAAUAUCGUAAUGUUAUUGGUAAGAUUAGCUCUGGUAAGGACUUUAAUUUUAAAAGCCCUCACGAUCAAGCUACGUUUGAGAUCUCUCGCAAGAUCUGGAGCAAUACUGGCCGAAUUGGAGUUGACGACAACGCUUUGGAUGACGAUGAGCCUGCUCCGACUCCUUAUGCUACCUACAUGGAUCAUAGAAACGAAGAAAUGAUGGCGAAUUGUGCAGAGAAGAAACCGACGCCUACUCCGAAAUCGCGGAAGCGUUCAAGGCCUGGAUCGGGAAUUAGAAUGGAAGCGCCGCGUUCUUCCCAUGAGAAUUUGAAUAAAGAGAAGAAUAGUAUCUACCACCACCACCACAACCACAACAACAACAACAACGCCAACAACAACGAAAAUGUCAAUAACGUAGCGGUAUCUGGCUUGAUCGAGGAGACGGUGAAGAGCUGCUUGUCGCCAUUGUUUAAGGAAUUGUUGAAUACUUCCAUGGGAGGUGGGCUCUGUGGAGGCAGAGCGUUUAGUGGUUUAGCUUUGCAUCCAAUUCCAUUGAGCUUCAGUGGAGCUUCCUUGAAUUUCAGUGGUGGAUUAGAAAUGGGGGAUGAGAGGUGGAGGAAGCAGCAGAUUUUGGAACUGGAGGUUUAUUCGAAGAGGUUGGAGUUGGUUCAGGAGCAAAUUAAGACGGCAUUAGAAGAUUUGAGGAAAGUCUAAAACUUUGAAGAAUUGGGUAUUAUUUGUAAGUGCUUUGGCUUUCUCUUUUCUCUUUCUCCUUUUUAGUUCUUGAUAAAUGUUUGAUCUGCGGUUGAUAGUGUACUUAGUGGCAUCCUUUGGGGUCAAUUUGGUAGAAUAAUUGUAAAAAUGAAUUUAUAAUAAAACCACUCAUUUACAAUGUGUUGAUAUAACAUAGUUUUUUGACUCAUGAAAUCCAUUAAACCAUUGCCAUCA